AAGCGUAUAUAUAGAUCCAGGGAGCAGCCGACCCUCUCCCCCUCCUCUCAACCGCCACCCGGAGAGGGAGAAGCGUUUCCGUGUCGGCUCAGGCGCGGAUACUCUCCACCCGCGAGGAAGCCUUGCCCUAAACCGGCCGGUCGCAGACAGCGGCUGUGCUGGCGUCGCUGGCAUCUUGCAUGCCAAGGCUUUGAGGUCACCCUCCUAUGCGGGAAGCCUGUUGCCGCAGAGGCAGCUACAGCUGGAGAGCCUCCGGGAAAAGGGACCUGAGGGGUCCCGCGGUGCCUCUUCCUCUAGGGAGCUUGUCCGGGCACCCAAUGCUGCUGCUGCUGCUGGUGGCCCUGCCCUUCGUUUGGGCCCCCGGACUGGCCCACGGCUGGGAGGAUGACAGAUGCAAUCAAACAGAAUGGCAAAAACCUUUAGGUGGAGGAGUAUCGAAUGAGAAAGGUUACCCACUGAAUGUGACCAUCAACAAUUGGGGUUAUUCAAAUGCCCUCUUUCUAAACUGGGAAUAUCCCUUGGGAGGUACCCAGAGCUUCUCAUUAGCUCUUUAUGACUUGGACACAAAUAUUCUACUGCAGAAUGGAUCAUCUACACUCAAUACCACCAGCUUCAGCUUCCAAGGUUUGCUUCCAGGGACACAAUAUAUGAUCAAAAUCACUGCAUUGCUUGCAUGUGCACAGAAUUCGAGUAGAAGAAUCACUGGGCAGACAGUACCAUUACCUGUGCGGGAUGUUAUCUUGAGUCAUGAAAGUCCCUCAGUAUUAUUGCCACCUACAAGUAUGAGUAGGUACAAUGAGCUGGAUCAAUUUAGAGUAGAUAAUUUCUGGAAUGAUGACCCCCUGAAACCAGACAAUGUAAACUUGGUCAACUAUGACAGAGAUAGCACUUUGAAAGCUUCAUGGAACUCAGCAGCUGGUGAAACAGAAUCCUAUUUGGUGAUUCUGCAGAAAGGAGACAGCAGCAUUACAGUCAGAAAUGUAUCUGUGGCAGGGAACAGCACAUUCAUCAUCUUUACUGACCUGGCCCCUGGAAACCACUACACUGCUUGGGUUACAGCUAUUGCUGGGCCCCAUAAAGCAACAGCAAAAAGCAACUCUGCCUGGACUUAUCCCAUGGCUCCAUCUAGUGGGAAUUUAUUGAAUCAAGGCAGUGCCUACAUGCUUCAGGCUCAUUGGCAAGAGGCAGCUGGGACUGGUUAUGUGAUAACGUUAUAUACCAUGAAGCCCCUUGUAAUGUUGCAAAACAGUUCAUUGCCUAAGCAGUCCUCCAGCCAACUUUAUGAAGGGUUAAGACCAGGCACUCAAUAUGCCUUGGAGAUCUGCACGGCUGCAGGCCCCCACAUUUCUCUGCCCUUCCGUCUCAGCAACUGGACAUUACCAUUACCUGUGCGGGAUGUUAUCUUGAGUCAUGAAAGUCCCUCAGUAUUAUUGGCCUCCUGGAGUGAACCCCCAGGUGGGAAAGAUGUCUACCAGUUGGUUCUCUACCACAUCGAUUCACAGGCUCUUGUCAAGAAUACAAGCAUUGCUAGAGGAACCACUACUUUCCGCUUUGAGAAGCUUUUACCGGGCAGUGAAUACGCCCUCCGUAUCACCACAUGGGCUGGAUAUUACAAAGCAAGCACCAAUGCACGAGGAUGGACAGCUCCCAGUCCUCCCAAGGCCCUGACAUUCCAGAACAACAAUUCCAGCUCCAGUUUGACUGCCUCAUGGACUAACUCAGAGGGAGCAGAAUGGCUGUAUUUCACUCUGCAGAACCUGCACACCCCUGCUGACAGCAGGACAGUGUCACUUAAGAGAGGCCUAACUAACUACACCUUCCAGCACUUGGAGCCUGGAACAUCCUAUCACCUGGAGGUUAAAGCUUUGUCUGGGCCUUACCUGGUUAAGGGUCCCAAUAUCACUGUUUAUACAUACCCCCUGAAACCAGACAAUGUAAACUUGGUCAACUAUGACAGAGAUAGCACUUUGAAAGCUUCAUGGAACUCAGCAGCUGGUGAAACAGAAUCCUAUUUGGUGAUUCUGCAGAAAGGAGACAGCAGCAUUACAGUCAGAAAUGUAUCUGUGGCAGGGAACAGCACAUUCAUCAUCUUUACUGACCUGGCCCCUGGAAACCACUACACUGCUUGGGUUACAGCUAUUGCUGGGCCCCAUAAAGCAACAGCAAAAAGCAACUCUGCCUGGACUUAUCCCAUGGCUCCAUCUAGUGGGAAUUUAUUGAAUCAAGGCAGUGCCUACAUGCUUCAGGCUCAUUGGCAAGAGGCAGCUGGGACUGGUUAUGUGAUAACGUUAUAUACCAUGAAGCCCCUUGUAAUGUUGCAAAACAGUUCAUUGCCUAAGCAGUCCUCCAGCCAACUUUAUGAAGGGUUAAGACCAGGCACUCAAUAUGCCUUGGAGAUCUGCACGGCUGCAGGCCCCCACAUUUCUCUGCCCUUCCGUCUCAGCAACUGGACAUAUCCUUUGCCUCCAGAGCACCUGAAACUCAGCAAUGAUGGUCAUAGAAUGAGGUCGCUCCAUGCUUCUUGGCAGAAUCGCUUCAAAAGCGGAGGCGUCUGUGUAGGAGCUCUUCUGGAAACCAAGUCCCAAUUAGUGAUUAAAAAUUUGACUCUGGCAGAGACUAAUAUCACCUUUGAAAUGCUAAUCCCAGGACGUCAGUAUACUCUGAAGCUGGCAAGAGUGGCUGGACCAUUUCAGUCUCAUGUUCAAAUAGUUAGUGACUGGACAUAUCCUUUGGUGCCAUCAGGAGUGAUGCUGGCUAGUAGCAAGUGGGCCGGCAGCCUUUUUGCUUCUUGGGACCAGCCUCUGGGUGACAGUGACCAGUUCUUCCUGCGAUUCUACAGUCUGGAACAUUCUUUGCAGAGGAACAUCACAAUUGGGCCAAGCAUGCUAAAUUUUACAUUUGAAGGUCUUCAACCUGGCAGUCAGUACUUUCUGGAGGUUACAGCAAUGGCAGGACCUUACCGAGCUUCAUCUCAGGUGGUUUCUGCAUGGACAUAUCCUCUAUCUCUGGCAAAUGUCAGCGUGAAGGGCAGCCAAAAUCCCCAGCAACUGAUUGUGAGCUGGAUUGAAUCGGGAAGAGGACGAGGAUAUUGGGUACAGCUUUAUUCAGAGGAAUCUCUGUCCAUUAUACAGAAUGUGUCUGUACCACAUGGAACCACACAGGUUACUUUAGAUAAUCUGGUGCCAGGGACUCGGUAUCGUGUUGAAAUUGUCUCCAGAGCUGGACCUCACUACAUUUCUUCUCAAACAGCCAUUGGCUACACAGUGCCCAUGUUGCCACUUUCUCUGAAGGUAAUCAGUCACAGUUCUUCAGUGUUAUCUGUGCAAUGGAAGCCCCCAGCUGGGCAGAGAGACGGUUAUAUGGUUUCUGUAUCGAAAGAAGGAUCUACAGAUACCAGUAACCACAUGUUUGUGGGGAAAGCCAGCACCAACGUUACAAUUGUGGGACUGGCCCCUGGGACCUGCUAUCUGAUCGCAGUGUGGUCACUGGCUGGACCCUACAGCUCUGCUUCCCGGAACAGCUCAGCUUGCACAGCUCCUGCUGCUCCUGUGAACCUGACUCUGAAUAAUAUGGGCAAUUCAUCUGUGCUGUACACAUCUUGGACUGAGCCUCCAGGAGGACGGGACCACUACAGGAUGAUCCUGUAUAGCCUGGAUCCUCCAGGCAUGAAGAGAAUUCAUGUCAUUGGCCCAAGUGUCCAGGAUUUCCUUUGGACAGAUUUGCCAUCAGGAAGCCAUUUUGCUGUGCAGGUUAUUUCAGUGAAAGGACAUGCUGAGGCCUCCUCCACCAUUGCUGCUGAGUGGACAUCUCCUCUGCCAGCUUCCUCUGUGCAAAUCUGGAAUGAAGGGCACCCAAACAGGCUGCAUGUGGCCUGGGCACCAGCUUCUGGAAGACUUGAUGGCUAUGAACUGAAACUGUACUACACAGGAUCCAGUACUUUAGUAACACAAGCACAUCUUGGAAGGGAUGCUACUAAUUUUACCUACUCAGGUCUGACAUCUGGAAUCAAUUACUUAUCUGAGAUUCUCUCAAAGGCUGGACCUCAUAGGACUUCAGCAGGGAAUUUCAGUGCUUGGACAAGUCCUCUACCUCCUCGCAUGGUGUUUGGAGAUGAUGCAGUUCAACUGAGUUUUGUGUGUAGUUAUAGAAAAAUGAUUGUGCACCGUGCACCAAUUUCUGUUACAAACAAGUAG